AUGGUAGUUUUCAAGAUUCACUUAUCCAUUAGUUCAUGUCACCGAUUCGAAGUAGCAAAAGUUCUCUUUGCCCGCCCAGGCCCCUACCACAUCCUCAUUGGAUGCCGAGGCGCUAUCAAUCGCGCAAACGAUGCCAUAUCCAAGUUGAAGCAACUUUCGCCCAACAGUUCGUCCACCGCGGAGCCACUAUCCAUUGAUAUCACCUCGGAAGAGUCAAUCUCUGCAGCUUUCAAGCAAGUCCAGGAAAAAUUCGGCCAUGUCGACAUCCUGGUGAACAAUGCUGGCCUGGCCCUAGACACGGCAGUCACCUCGGGCCAGCUCGUCCCGCGCGAGGGCUGGAAUCAGACAUACGACGUCAACGUUACCGGCACCCAUCUCUUCACCUCCACCUUCGCGCCCCUCCUGCUCACCUCACUGGCCCCCACCCCGCGCUUGAACUUCAUCACCAGCGGCCUGUCCCCGCGCUACACCCUUGCGCCGGCGGGCUGGCCCAAGCCGGACACCCUGUGGUUUCCGUACCACGUGAGCAAGGCCGCGAUGAACAUGCUGGUGACCGAGUGGGCGCACCUGCUACGCAACGACGGGGUGGCGGUGUUUAACGUGUCGCCGGGAGGGCCAUGGGGGCGAUUGAUCCGGCCUGUUGGGGCCGCUUUCUGUGCGGAUGUUAUUGAGGGGAGCAGAGAUGAGCAGGCCUGGCCUCCGAAGGUGAUCCGCAAGGAUGAGGUGCAGCCGUGGUAG